ACGACUAAAAUAAUAUUAAUUACUAUUAGUUUUAAAUUUUUAUUUUCGGUCCGGCUACGUAUUUUAAAAUUAUAAAAUCGUGUUCUAAACUAAUCUGACCGUUUUUAGCUUUUAUUAUUAUACAACCGGGCCUCCAGACUACUUUAGUCCAUGGGAUUUCGGGAAAAGUGUCUUGACGACGUGACAGGUUUACCGCGCAUCCACGCUUGCUGCGUACUAUAACUAUUUUUCGGUAGUUGAUGUUCGGUUUUAUUCGAUCAUUUCUAAUCUCAUCCUGUCGGCGACCAUCGUAAGAGUGGUGCAUCUACUCUAGUAUACUCUACUCGUCUACUCUGCGUCUCUAGCCUUGGCUCUACUAUUUUCUUACCUCAAGUAAUUCAAUAUUUUUUUAAUGACAAAAAAGGAUCAAUUAUUAAAAUGGACACUACAAUAAAAGAAACCUCUAACAACAAUCAGACCAAUACUACAUCAACUGAAGAUAGCUCGGACAGAAUAUUUAAUGAUGAUAUUGAGAAGCCAAAAAUAUCAUCCAGUACAUUAAUACAAAUUAAAAUGAAAACAAAUUUUAGUGGAAAAGCUUUUGACACAGUUAUAAAUAAUAUCAAGGCAGAAAAUUCUUCACUUUUUAAUGACGAAAAUAGUGAUUUAGAAGAUCUUAUCAAUAUACCUUCUAAACCUAUUGACACCAAAGAUAAAAAUCAACAACUAAAAGUAAUGUGUAAUGUAGCUUCUACAUCUAAUGAAAAGAAUGUAAAUAUUUCUAAAUCAAAUUCACAGGUUCUUACAGAUACAGAUCCAAAAUUAGUUAAGAGUAAAAUUACAAGGAUGCGUACAAGUUCUGGUUCAACUGCAAUAAUGCAGUUAUCUAAAUCAACACCACAUAUUUGCCAAAAAUGUUGUUUAUGGUGUAAGAAAGCUUUUCGAGUACUUGACAAUCCUUUUCAUAUUAGUCGGAUUCGAAGUAUUGACAAACAAAAUGAAUAUUUAAAAAUUGAACCAACGUUAACUAUUGAUUCAUGCCUCUGUGAUUAUUGUUGGAAAUUUCUGGGAAAAGCUUAUAGAUCCAAUAUGGCUGAAAAAAAAGCAAACUAUUCUGCUUCAUUUUUAGAAAAAAGGGCUAGACUCAUAGAACGAUAUCCUAAAAAAAAUACAUCCAAAAAUAAAUCUCAGUCAAGAAGAUGUUCAAUACAUGUUUGCUCUAAAACUCAUGUCCAUAAAGUGUCUGUAGAACAAUAUAAAACAAUUACACAAAUAUUAUCAACAUAUGAAUUUUUUAAAUUUGUUUUUGUCUCUUCUCGGAAAACAACUCCAGAGUAUUUGAAGUAUCCCUUUUGUCUUUGCAGUGAUGAUUUAGCCAUAAUUCUUGUAAUAUCACAAUGUCAAAUAUGUGGUGAAAAUCUAAAAGAACCUUUCAACACUGAUGACUGGUUAAUGUAUGAUUCAUGGACUUGGAAAUUGAUUAACAAUAAAAUUCCUUUAAUACUGCAAUCCGGUAUGUUCCUAUGUGUGACUUGUAAAAAACACCUUUCUACAGAAAGUGGUGCUUUCCCGACUGUUGUAUUGCCAAAAUUAUUGGAUCAUAUCAACUUAAUGAAAACACAGCGCUUAAAAGUUUUUGGACCACCACCAUAUAACUUAUUUAAUAUAUGUCAAGAUUCAACAUAUGUAGAAUCUCCCAUUGUUGUUCCUAAUAUGAUAAAACAAGAGAAACAAGAACAUGAUCGUUCAGAAAUAAAAGUUAGUUUUUCUAAUCCUUUAAUUACUGCAAUUUAUCAUUUUGAAUAUGGCGAUGAUGAAAAUAAUACAGAAUCAAUAACAAGCACUGCAUUUUUUACACCAAAAUUAGAACCAAUAAAUGAAGGACUUAAUCCUGUAAAACUUGAAGAAGAAAAUGUUCAAACUUGUAUAGCUAAUACAGACCCUAAUAUGAGUGGUACUGAAAUAACAAACUCAUUAACUAAGAGUGUUGAUGAUAUAAAACCUGAAAUCUUAUCUGGUCAAAAUUCAUCAGAAAAUUUAUCUGAAAAUAACGCCUUUACUGAUAUUUCAACGAAUCAUGUUGUAACUACCCAUAUAGAUUAUAAUAAAGAUUUGAUACAAUUUCAUGUUAAAAAUCAAUUGAAAAAUUUUGAAGACACGAUAUGUAAAAGUGAAAAGAUUAAUCAAUAUUCAGAAAUUGCAAAUGAAUAUCAAGUUGAAAAUUUAGAAAUUGGUGAAAAGGGAUCAGAUAUUAUUGAUACAUAUUCAUGUCAAGUUAGUAAUAAACACAGCAAAAUAGCAAAUAAUCAAAGUAAGCUAAAAAUUGCUGAUGUUUAUUCUGAACAAGGAACUAUAUGUAGUGCUGACCAACAUAAAAAUAGCACAGAUCUUGAAGAUAAUCAGUGUAUGAAUGUAAUAAAUACAAUUAAUAAAACUUCAUAUUUAAAUGAGCCACAUAAAGCAAUAGUUAAUCCUGUUUCGUUAAAGAGAAAAUGUACAAUUUCAAAUGAAAGUGUAAAAAAACAAAGACUGAAUGAAACCAACAAUUCCUAUGACAAUAAUUCCACUGGCAAUAAUACUACCAACAAUAAAAAUACUGCUCAUCUAAGUACAAAUUCAUCAUGUAUUUUGAAUACGAGUUCUGAUUAUAAGAAUAAAUAUGUCCUAAAUUCUGAUUUUAUUGGUGUUCAAGAUCUCCCAAGUAAUGUCGAUGAAGAUUUAUUAAUGCAACAUAGUAAUUCAAUGAAUACUUAUGUGCCAAAAUUAUCUACAAAUAUGGUAAAAAAUGUUCUAUUAGACAAUGAUACAUCUAAUAUUGAAACUAUAACUAUAACAGAUUCUGAAAGUAUAAUACCUGAUACUAUUUUAUCAGAUCAUGAAGUAUUUUCUGAAAGUGAAUAUUCUUCUAAUACUUCAGAUUUCGAAGUAGAAGAAACAGAUUUUUUGGUUAUUUUGAAUAAUUUUGGAAUAAAACCAGAUCAUAGAAUAAAAACAGAUAGUAAAAUUGUACCUGAUGGUAAAAAAUCAUCAGAUAAUGAAAUUUCGUCAAUUGAUAAAAAGAUAUUAGAAUUUAAAAAAAAUACAUAUCUUUUAGAUAAACUAAAAGAUAUAAAUUGGGAAGUUGUGUGGUCUGAUAGUGAUUCUUCACUAGAUGGGUCUGAAUGUAUGGAUGUAACUGAUGAUGAAAUUAAAACAACAUCUGAUGAUAAAGAAUCCCAAUGUAUAAUUAUAUCCGAUAAUGAAGAGGAGUUCAAAAAAAAAUCUACCUGCAAUAUUAUGUCUGAGAAAAAGAAUACUAGAAUAGAAUGUAUGAGUAUAUCUGAUAAUGAAAUUGAACCACUGCCUAAUGACAAGGAUUGCCAAUCUAUGAUUAUAUCAGAUGAUGAAGAGGAAUUCAAAAAAAAAUCUACCUGCAAUAUUAUGUCUGAAAAAAAGAAUACUAGAAUAGAAUGUAUGAUUGUAUCUGAUAAUGAAAUUGAACCACUGCCUAAUGACAAGGAAUGCCAAUCUAUAAUUAUAUCAGAUGAUGAAGAGGAAUUCAAAAAAAAAUCUACCUACAAUGUUAUGUCUGAGAAAAAGAAUACUAGAAUAGAAUGUAUGAUUGUAUCUGAUAAUGAAAUUGAACCACUGUCUAAUGACAAGGAAUGCCAAUCUAUAAUUAUAUCAGAUGAUGAAGAGGAAUUCAAAAAAAAAUCUACCUGCAAUAUUAUGUCUGAAAAAAAGAAUGCUAGAAUAGAAUGUAUGAGUAUAUCUGAUAAUGAAAUUGAACCACUGCCUAAUGACAAGGAAUGUCAAUCUAUAAUUAUAUCAGAUGAUGAAGAGGAAUUCAAUAAAAAAUCUACCUGCAAUAUUAUGUCUGAGAAAAAGAAUACUAGAAUAGAAUGUAUGAUUAUAUCUGAUAAUGAAAUUGAACCACUGCCUAAUGACAAGGAAUGCCAAUCUAUGAUUAUAUCAGAUGAUAAAAAGAAAUUCAAAAAAAAAUCUACCUGCAAUAUUAUGUCUGAGAAAAAGAAUGCUAGAAUAGAAUGUAUGAGUAUAUCUGAUAAUGAAAUUGAACCACUGCCUAAUGACAAGGAUUGCCAAUCUAUGAUUACAUCUGAUAAUGAAGAGGAAUUCAAAAAAAAAUCUACCUGCAAUAUUAUGUCUGAGAAAAAGAAUGCUAGAAUAGAAUGUAUGAGUAUAUCUGAUAAUGAAAUUGAACCACUGCCUAAUGACAAGGAAUGCCAAUCUAUGAUUAUAUCAGAUGAUGAAGAGGAAUUCAAUAAAAAAUCUACCUGCAAUAUUAUGUCUGAGAAAAAGAAUGCUAGAAUAGAAUGUAUGAUUAUAUAUGAUAAUGAAAUUGAACCAUUGCCUAAUGACAAGGAUUGCCAAUCUAUGAUUAUAUCAGAUGAUAAAAAGAAAUUCAAAAAAAAAUCUACCUGCAAUAUUAUGUCUGAGAAAAAGAAUGCUAGAAUAGAAUGUAUGAGUAUAUCUGAUAAUGAAAUUGAACCACUGCCUAAUGACAAGGAUUGCCAAUCUAUGAUUACAUCUGAUAAUGAAGAGAAAUUCGAUAAUAGAAAAUUAUCUUCCUGCAACAUUAUGUCCAAGAAUGAGAUUGAUAGAAUAGAGUGUAUAUCUGAUGAUGAAAUUAAAUCACUAUCUGGUGUUAAAGAAUCCCAGCCUAUAAUUAUAUCUGAUAGUGAAGAAGAAUUCAAUAAUAUAAAAGUAUCAGAUAUUAUAACAAUAUCAGACAGUCAAAAUACAGUUAAUCCACAAGCUUUAAAAACAUUUAAUACUAAUAAUUCAAAAAUUAAGUCUGGUUAUUUUGAAUUUCCAUGUUUAGAACAUGGUGGUGAAUAUGGUGAUAAUGAACCUGACAAUUCGCAAGACUAUUUAGAAAGCGUGUAUGCAGCAAUAAAAUACUUUUUUACCGAAGUUGGUGAUCAAUCGUUGAAAAAUUUAUAUUCUCAAAUAGGUAAUGAAGCAGAGACACUUCUAUAUCUAAUGGAAAACUUACGAAUGCUUUACAGUGGGGAACUUGUUCUUUCUGAAAGCGCUGCCCCCAUUGCUAAAGAAUUUUAUGAUGAGCAAAUGGGAUCUUUAUACAAUUAUUAUGGCGAUCCUAAAAACAAUAUCAAUGCUUCAAAGCCAUAUAUACACCCAUCAUCACGUCUACAUCAGUACAGCAAACGAUUAUCACCUACUGUUGAACCACUUAUCAUCAAAGACAUUACAACUGCUAAUUCAUCUAUCCAAAAUAUUUCAAAUGUUUCAAUUGCUUCUCCAAAUUAUAUUGCAGCAGACAUGCGUUUAUCUAAAGUAGUAGAUAAAUGUACUCCCAUCAAAACUACAAAAUCAUUUCCUUUACAUAUUCCAGUAUCUAAAUCAAGAAAUACCAGUUAUACCAGCUAAUAUUGUAUCCAAACCAAGAGAUAAUAUCAUACCAGCUAAUAUUGUAUCCAAACCAAGAGAUAAUAUAAUACCAACUAAUAUUGUAUCCAAACCAAGAGAUAAUAUCAUACCAGCUAAUAUUGUAUCCAAACCAAGAGAUAAUAUAAUACCAGCUAAUAUUGUAUCCAAACCAAGAGAUAAUAUCAUACCAGCUAAUAUUG